AUGGCGUCCUGGCUCUCAAUUCCGGCAAAGUCACACUUUUCCCUUGCCAACAUACCCUUUGGCGUCAUCACAACAACCAAGUCAAAUGUGCCGGUACCAGCAAUCGCUAUAGGUGAUUAUGCACUCGAUCUGUCUGCAUUCACGAAGAAUGAAGGCUUCACUCAUCUAUCUAGCUUCCAAGCGGAUGUGUUCCAUCAGUCGACCUUGAACGCCUUUGCGGCACUCGGUAGACCCGUUCAUAGACAAGUGAGGGAGUAUCUGCAAGCAGUAUUCAAAGCAGACACGCCUUUCCCAGAUGUUCUCAAAAACAACGAGAAAUUGCAAAAAGAAGCCCUCAUACCACUCAACACCGUAACAAACCACCUCCCACUACAAAUCGGUGACUAUACCGACUUCUACGCUGGACGAAAUCAUGCAUACAACGUUGGCGUUCUGUUCCGUGGACCUGAUAACGCCCUACAACCAAAUUACAACCAUCUUCCCGUCGGCUACCACGGUCGAGCAUCAAGUAUCGUUGUAUCCGGAACACCUAUCAUCCGACCGACAGGUCAAAUACUGGCAAACCCAACUGCUACGCCCAAAGUCCCCGUUUUCUCACCCUGUAAGAGAUUGGACAUCGAGCUAGAAAUGGCCGCUUUUGUGAGCACGAGCAACAAGCUCGGUCAGCCGGUGCCCAUCGAAGAGGCCGAAGAUCACAUUUUUGGUCUGGUGUUGAUGAACGAUUGGUCUGCGCGGGACAUCCAGGCUUGGGAAUACGUGCCGUUGGGACCGUUCAAUGCAAAGAAUUUUGCGACAACCAUCAGUCCCUGGGUUGUGCUGAUUGAUGCGCUUGAGCCAUUUAGAGCGCAAGGACUUGAGCCGGGCAAUCGUGACUCUCUCCUUCCGUACCUCCGAGAAAAGAGGCCAGAUAACGCUUAUAAUAUCAAACUAGAAUUUGACAUCAGACACAAUGGCCUCAGCAAGGAGGACGCUCCGAUUCACGUCUCUGACUCGAAUACUACGAACUUGCUAUACUCGUUCCCGCAAAUGCUCACCCACCACACCAUUACAGGCUGCAACUUGCGUACGGGAGAUUUGUUAGGUAGUGGUACGAUCUCGGGCAAAGAGCCAGGGACUCAGGGUAGCUUGCUAGAGCAAACUAAUGGCGGAAAGGAGCCACUUACUUUGGCGGAUGGGAAAACGAAGCGGAUAUUUUUGGAGGAUGGCGACGAAGUGAUUUUGAGAGCUGUUGCUGGGGAUGUUGAUGGCGCGUAUGUCGGGUUCGGUGAAUGCGUUGGCAGGAUUGAGCCUGCUGUUACUUUCAACUUUUAA